AUGUGCGAUAAAAUCGAGCGAGCGAAUGCUGAGGACAAGCAGAAGAUUAGCAGCUUGCAGGCGGAAGUGACAAGAUUGAAGUCUGCUCCUCCUCCGGCAUCUGCUCUUGAGAGCUCAUCGCAGGAUCUGAAUGCGUUGAAGGAGAAAGUUGGAAGUUUGGAGCAAGAGAAUGCGAAGCUUAGCAAUGAUUUGACUUCUAAAAUUGGUGAGUACGAAGAGGUGAAGUUCCGGCUCAACGCCAUGGCUCCGUCGUUUGAAAAGGCUCAAGCUCGUGUGGCGCAGCUAACCGCUGAAAAGAAUGAACUAGUUGCUCGUAUCGCUUCUUUGGAGGGUCAAGCAAAUCCUGCGUGGCCAGGUAGCCAGAAUCGUCCAGCCGCCGUAUCUUUAUCGGCUUCGUCAGUGAUGUCCACCGGAUCGCAGCCUGAUAGUCUUGGAUCCGGCGAUAGUGCUCCUUCAUCUGUAACAACAUCAAAACGACUAGCUUUCGAUUCUCCGGUCAGGUUUGCGCCUACCGUAACGACAACAGCUGAUACCAUCUCUGGGAUGUCACACUCUGCUGCACCACAAUCCUCUUCCGCUGCACCUUUACCAGCCGGCUCCCUAUCGGCACAAGUACCAAAAUUGUUCAAGUCGAGCGUAGAACCUGCGUUCCCAUCUACUCAGGCUACAUCGACACCACCUCCUGAAGAACCACAGUCGAAAGGGGUGACUACCAGUGAAAGUGCACCUUCCGGACAGGUACCAUCAUCUCCAAUAACCUACUCCUUGGCGACAUCAUCAGCAGCUAGAAUUACUCCACAUCAAUCAUUGUUUGGAAAAUCAGCACCAGUUGCUGCAAAUGCAAAUGUGAGCACAUCAAGCGCAAACAGCACAACUGCAGAAGGCAAAGGAGGAUCUGUAAUUACUGAAGCUGAGCAAAGUAGUCAGGUCAGCGGUAGUGCUGAAGUCCGAGGUGUAGAGGCUAAUGACGAUGAUGGAGCUGGACACAACGAUUCAGCGGGAGAGUCACGAGACAGCGGCAGUGGAAUGCCUGUCUCGUCAUCGGAUGGAAGAAGGAAGAGAUCAGCUACAAACGAGACUUCUAGCUGUGAAUCUAAACGUCAUAGAGAUAGCCCAAGUGAGAUAGUGACCAGCAGUGAGGAGCGCCGCGAUUUGGGUAGGCUACCUACUUGAAG